AAAAUUUACUACGAUUCAACCAUGAGCUCUUAAAAACUCAAACGUCUAUGCCUUCAAAACCAGUGUAAAUUGCAAUAAUUGUACAUAACCAAAGCUCAGGAUCGAACCGAGGCUGUCAUUAAAACUACAGGCUUGACAAUUUAUACAGCAUCUAUAAAAAAUCACACCCUUGCUGUUUAUUUGCUUUCCACAAAGAUUUUCUCAUUGUUUAUUCAUCUACAUACACGUCUUAUCAUUUUUCAUCACAAAGCAUCUGUUUCGUAAAACACAGAGGAACAUUUUGACUCUUCUGCUCACUUCAGCUUGACUUUAGUAUGAAGGUACAAAUGUACUUCCUAAACUGAAUGUUUUCUGUGAUUCCUGAGUAAACAUGUCAAUAAAUUCAAUUGCAAGUGAUUAACAAAGGCAAUAAAAGGGCAGUGCUAAUGGUCUUGAAUGAUCUUUCGUGUGAAAGUUCACUUUAAUGGUGUGGAUGAGCAAGAAAACGAGAGAUGACUGAAAACACACACACACACAUUGUGGUCUGUGCAAGAUUAGCUCCUACUUCCGUAUACCCCAGCGUCUGAAGCUCAACUGAAGUGUUUCCUGACUGAAGUAGCGCAGCCUCAGAGUGUUUAACGCUUGUGUCUGGUGUUCAGAAUUCAGCAUGAGGAUAAUAAAACUUCAUUUCUAUCUACUUGUGUGCUGUGGAGCUGCAGAAGGUUUCACAGAGAAGUCAGUAGAUUUGGGACAAAAUGUGACUCUAAAGUGUGAGGUGUCUGUAAGAGAUGUGCUCUGGUUCCUGAUGAAGCCGUCAGAACCUCCGGUGUUUAUAUUACGCUCUUUCUCGAGCAGAUCCACGCGCCCAAAUUACAGUAGCAUGACCUUCAGCAAGAGAUUCUCAGUGCAAUAUAACAGCAGUUUAUUUAUACACAAUAUCAGUACUAAUGAAUUAGGAGUGUAUUAUUGUAUUCAAAGUGGUUCACCUCCCAACAUCAGCAGUGGAAUCAGACUUUACAUCCGGAAUCAUUCAGCUGAGAAUCAGACGUGUGAGGUUAAGCAGCGGCCUAAUCAGACAGCAGAUAAAUGUGAAGAGGUCAGACUCUGGAAAAGUCUCUUCAUCACCCUUGUAAUAAUCUGUCUCGUCAUUUUUGUCAUCAUGGUUUGCCGAUGCAAAAGAACUCCAAAACCUGGAAGGCAACAUCCAGACCCUGGUUUACAGCUGCGUCAGGACAACACAGUCGCUUUGUAUGAUGAGGUGCCGUACACCCCAAUGAACAGAUGCGUCAGGACGAAUAACCUCAACAGCACGUACGCUCUUCUACAGCCCCCAAUCCUGUGACCGGAGUGACCCCACGCAGACGAAUGACCUCACACAGCUGCAGGUUCGAACCCAAACACACAGACUUUAUUUUUAUGGAUGUUUCAUUAUAUCCAUGAAGAAGCCCCAUUUCUUCAGCUACUGAUUUGUGAUGGAUGAUUCACAAAUGAUUCAUUUAUGAAACAAAAUGAAUCAAUUCACAAGCGCACAUGAAGCUUUUUUCUUUCUUUUCUUUUUAAAGCCCAAUCUUUAUAAGCUAAAGCGGUGUUCUAGAUGCUGUUUGAGAUGCGAAUCAAAACUUGCAUUGUUUGAGUCACUUACAAAGAUGAUUUGAAAUAGUGACAGGACUGAAGUGAGUCAAGUUUCAAAUGCUUAAAACAUGUCCAGUCGGUGUUCUUACUAGAACACCGACCAUUUUAAGAAACGUGGAAGAAAAGUGUACAGUUUGUUCUAGCCAGACGUUUUGUCAUUAUAUAUAUCGUCUCGCUGGCCGAGAUAUUCCCAUAAUGCACUGAGAGUGUUUCAGUUUCAAUUGUAGGGUUAGUUCACAUUAAAAUGACAUUAAAAUGUGCAAUGAAAUAAAAUGUACGAUCUGUUUUAAAAUA